GAUCAGAGAAGGGUGCCAAUGGACGGUCUUCAGCCUCCUCCUGAACGUCUGUUGCUCUCCUGCCACAGCCUGCCACUAUAAUUAACCUCUACACACAUGAAGCCGCCUAAAUCACGAAGUAGCAGGUCUAAAAACAGUAGCCAUCCCAUGUGAACUUUGUGGUUAUGUAACUUUGGGUCACCUGAGUGUGUUCUCGAAAUGUCUUGUGUUGUGCUGUGCCUCGCGUACCAUAGAGCUUCAAGAUCAUGACAGACCCUUCACCUGAUGUGGAGGACCUUCUGCUAUGCUACAAUACCUUCUUGAUGUCUUCGGAGGGCUGUGGCGCAUCCUGCUAGCAAUGUUUGGUCUUGGCCAAGCCCAGCCCUCCGUGUCCACCCAGCUGGAGGUCUUUGUCAGGACCAACACCGGGGAAAAGGUGUCCGUCUGCCUUGACCCAUCAUGGACAGUGCAGCAGGUCAAGACUACCCUGGCACCCAAACUCAAAAGCAACUGUCAAGACAUAAGGAUCAUCUUUGCUGGCAAGGAGCUGCCGGACAACAUGGUCAUCCAGCAGUGUGAUCUUGGCAACCACAGCUUCCUUCAUGCUGUGCUGGUGGUGUCCAAGGAGAAGGAUGGUGCUGUGGUGACUAACAUAACCUCAGCUCCUUGCAGUAGUAAUGAUGUCACUGUAAGCCAUGUCAAUGAAGUUUCAAGCUCAAGCAGUCCUCCAGUAACCAAGGAGAAAGUACAAACCCAGAGAGAAACAAAUCAGCCAAACCCUGAUGAAGCUCCUGAGCAGUGUGCGGCACAAACCACUGAGGGGGAGCCUGGCCAAGAGUCUCCCUCGGCCAAGACCGCCACACUGCUGUGUGACGCCUCCACAGUCAUGGCCAUCCAGCUCACGGAGGCAGAGCUCAGGAACAUCAAUGAACUCAAAAGUGUGGAUGGCACCAAGGAGCGGCCUCACUUCUACGUGUACUGCAGCAAGCCCUGCAACUCAGUCCAGGUGGGGAAGCUGCGCGUCAGGUGUGCCGUGUGCAAGCAAGGCGCCCUCACAGUGCACCGGGACCCUUGCAACUGGCAGGACGUCCUUAACAAGGGCCAGAUCAGUGCGACGUGCGAGACUGUCGGUUGCAAUGGAUCUGAAGCAGAAUUCUUCUUUAAGUGCCGGGCCCACGAGACCAGCAGUGAAGAUGACAGUUCAGUGGCGCUCUACCUUGUCCGAGCCAACCUUCCUGCCAUCCCCUGUCUGGCCUGCACGGAGGUUUCUUCCCCAGUUGUGGUGUUUGAGUGUGCAGACGCUCAUGUCAUGUGCCUGGACUGCUUUGUUACUUUCUGUCUCUCAAGACUGAAUGAAAGACAAUUCAUAAAUGAUCUUGAACUUGGGUACACCUUAUCUUGCCCCAUUGGCUGCCCAGACUCACUCAUUAAGGAAGUCCAUCACUUCAAGUUGAUGGGAGACAAUAAUUAUGAGCGCUACCAGAGAUGGGGCGCAGAAGAAGCGGUGCUGGCAGCUGGGGGGGUGCUGUGCCCCUACCCGGGGUGUGGUCAGGGCAUCAUUGCUGAUGAAGACUGUCGCAGGGUGGUGUGUGUGGGAGGGUGUGGCUAUGUCUUCUGCAGACUCUGUUUACAAGGAUAUCACAUAGGGGAAUGUGAACCAGACGGAGGGAACGGCUCAAGCAUUUUAGGAGGCAGCGGAUCAUUUGCUGUUGACCCCACCAGGGCUGCUGGCUCUCGGUGGGACGAGGCCACUUCCCUGGCCAUCCGCGUCACCACCAAGCCGUGCCCCAAGUGUCGCACACCCACGGAGCGUGACGGAGGCUGCAUGCACAUGGUGUGCACGCGCAGCUCCUGCAACUUUCACUGGUGCUGGGUGUGCCAGACGGAGUGGACAAGGGAGUGCAUGGGCGCCCACUGGUUUGGCUAGCCAUGAGGCAGCUGAGAUUUACUUUCACCAUGGAGUGCCAUCUAAUCUAAUCAGUUUUGUGCAAAUACAUGUAAAUAUUACAAUAAAGUUAAUAUCACAA